GUAGGUAGGUAUAGAAACGUAGCGAGAUACGGGAUUGAAAUCAUAAUGCGUACAAUGCUUUUAUUCUAUUCUCAUUGCGGGGUAAAUAACAUCUGUACAUUAGAUCACUAUAAAAUCGGCCGCCAUUGGUGAACCGACAAUGGGGUUUCGCUCUCCUCCCUCCUCCCUUCUCUAUUCAAAUCUCAUUGUACAAUAUGAAUCAAAGAAGACUCGUCGCGAUGACGGUGUUGGUUGCGGUUUAUAGACCGUAUCCAACGAAAAAGAGCGAAUGGAAAAGAGGGAUGGAAGUUGGAAUGAUGGUGAAGGGGAAGAGGAAAGGCAGAGAGAGAGAGAGAGAGAGAGAGAGAGAGAGAGAGAGAGAGAGAGAGAGAGAGAGAGAGAGAGAGAGAGAGGGGACACAUUUCUCAAGAGGGAGAGGACGAGAAAGGCGUGCAUGGUUAAGAACAGUCGGCUGAAACAAAAGGCGGAGCAUAGAGAAACGUCUGAGCAUCGCUUCGUAUUGUGUUUUAUGCUAGAACGGGUUUUAAAUAAAAGAGUAAUGUGUUUGUCCGUUGCCACCACCGUUACUACCACCGCCGCCGCCGCCGCCGCUGCCGCCGCCGCCGUCGCUGCCGCUACCACCGCCACCGUCACCAUCGCCAUCACCACCACCAUCACCACAACACCGUCACCAUCCCAUCAUCGUCACCACCAUCACCGCCGUGCGGAAGAUACACACCGAUCGACCUCGGGGUGAGUGGGCGAAGGUAGGUAGGUGGGUACGCGACUAGGUAUGUCCCCCUUUCACUUCACGGCAGAUAUAAACUCUUAACAUCUCCGUUUGGUACAGCGCGAGUCUGCCAAUCGGCGGCCGGUAGAGGCGUGGCUGCGGCUCGGUGAAACCUCGCGUUUGGUCGAGGUCUCGGGGUGGAACACUGUGGCACAGUGUUUUAUUUCGCGCUCGCGUGGAGUAUGGAGGGGACCGUUAGUUUCAGCCCUAUCCCUCCCCGAAUACGGAUUCCGUCUCUGUCUCCUUAUUCUCUCUCGCUCUCGCUCUCAUCUCCCUGCCAACGACUGUGGCCCCGUUGAGCUCCCACUUUGCUGCCGCGCCGCACUCUACCGCCUCUCCGUCUAUCCGCGCGCGCUACCUGAAUCGACUCACCCGGGAUGCUGCAAUUGUUGACAAUGUCGGCGAGCGGGAGGGAAUAGAAGGGGGCGAGAGCAUGAGCACGAGUCGCGGGCGGCGGGACGCGAUUCCGCAUUUCGGCCCCCGGCAGCCGAACGAGAGGGUGUUGUUCUCUGUGCGACAGUCGCGUACAAACUUGGCAAAGUGUAGGCGUGUGCGCGCACGUACGAUGACAGGCCAGUAUCUAUCUAUUUGCCCUUGCCGUCUCGCAAUGUCUUGUAAGCUAUUGAAUUUUGCAAUGUCUCGACAAUAGUGUGCACAUAAACCGGCGGAUAUCUCGCUCCGAGCUUCGAUCGGGUAACGCGAUCGCGGCACGCCGAGAGCAAUUUCGCCGAAUCGUCGUCCGUGCAGGUAGAGAGAAGAUCACUCACUUAGUGGCUCGGUGUCCUCGCACGGUAUGUGGCCGAGUGUCGUCGAGUACGCGGCUUCGCGCCUGGCCGAAAUCAUCCACGACGCGCGGUGAUCGCACGAAGUAAUUUGUACGCGGUCGGAAAGAGAUUCCCCACUCCUCACACUCACGAUUGAGUGUCAUUAACAUCCGGAACAGCGAUCAUGUCGUUACCCCGCGGCGUCGGCCUCGGUGUCGACGUGGGCCAACUAAUGCAACAUCAACAACAGCAACAGCAACAUCACGUGCUGCCGGCCGCGUUCUUUCUGCGCGCUAGUGCCGAGAGGUAUCAGCGGACCCCCAAGUGUGCGCGAUGUCGGAAUCACGGAGUCGUGUCCGCGCUUAAGGGGCACAAGCGCUAUUGCCGAUGGCGAGAUUGCGUGUGUGCCAAGUGCACCCUUAUCGCCGAGAGACAACGCGUUAUGGCUGCUCAGGUCGCGCUCAGACGGCAACAGGCCCAGGAAGAAAGCGAAGCGCGCGAAUUGGGCCUACAAUUGCAAUACAAUGCCGGCAGCUGCAAUACUGCCCCCGUUCUACCAGCGACCGCCGGGGCGACGCCAGCUGGUAGCCCGCCCCCGCACCCGGCGCAUGUAGCGAGUCCGGCGGGUCUCGCGAUACCCGCGGCAGCAGCGGCGGCUGCUGCCGCCGCUGCCGCACAUAUCCAAACGCAGCUUCAGCAUCAACAACAGCCUGCGGAAUGUGGUCUACCGAGAAAAAGGUCUACCCAAGACGAAUAUCGGCAGUCCAAAGUCGACAAGAAUGAUGCUGUUGUCGGCUUGAAGCGACCUAGAAUCUCCGAAAACACGACCAUAUUGUCAACCAGCGAUACAGGCAAUGAGGAUGAUCGUGAUUCUGAUUCCGGUGGCGAAUUACGAGUAGAUCGUUCGUUAGUGGUGUCGACGCCGUCAGGAAUACCAGAAUCUGAGACAACAGCGAGAAAGCGAACUAAUAGCUUGAACGAUUCCGAGGAGGAUAGUCCAGAACCGGGCUCGCAGAGUCCGACGCAUACCCCGCCACUAACACCCGCCUUGACACCGCAAAGGGAGGACACUCCAGCACCAGAAAAUCUCAGUCUUCGCAAAAGUGGCAGUCCUCCGCAAACGCAACAGACUUUGCAACCGGUAGAUUUGGUUCAACCUAGGCCUAGUCCUCCGCUACCUCCAUUAGCUGCUGCGACGACAGUGCACUUUCCUCCUUACGCGCCUCUUUACGGAGCGAGCUCACUAGCCUAUUGCUCGCCGGCGCUCUAUCAGCAUCAGCAUCAUCACCACAUCCCCGAGCCACGAGAGAUUCAGAUGCAGAUGCAAAUGCAAAAUAUGCAAGCUUGCGGAGCAUUGCAGCUACAGCAGCAACAGCAGCAGCAGCAGCAACAGCAGCAGCAACAGCAGCAGCAACAACGGUCGCCAGUAGAUGUUCUACUGCGUGUAUUCCCCGGAAGACGACGCGCCGACGUCGAAGCACUUCUUCAUCGUUACAAAGGCGACGUAGUAUCCGCCAUGGAGGUGCUGAUCUGCGAGGACAGUCUGCAGCCCAAGUCGGCGUUCUCGCCGCUGGCCGGCGCCCUGGCAUCGGCCGCCGUGGCGUCCGCCGCGUCUGUCUCGGCGGCAGCUUACGCGAACCGCGCCGCGUACUGCACCACCCCGAUACCGUCGACGCGGCACCGGUUCCUGGCCGCGCCUUACACCGGUACCGGUUACCUGCCUACCGUCAUCAAACCGCCCAACCAGAAUCUACAUGCCAAUGGUACUGGCGACGCCUAUCGGGAGACCAGCCCCGAUGAUGCCAGCGAUAAGACCAGUUACUCCGAGUGACCUGACGAAAAUUAUGCCGUCGCCUGGUCAUAUUCUUCGAUACUCCCCUAAUGGACUAUUUGUUUGCACAUCCUUCAUUUGCGUCAAAGUGAUAGGCGCGCAGUGUAAAAUUCUUUCUUGAGUUCUUCAGAUUUCUACGUAUUGUCAGCUGUUUAAAGCUAUCCAAAUUAUUCCAAAUUCUAACUGAUGGUAAUAAUACAACGUGGUUAAAAUUUUAAGGAGAUACAUCAUUCGAUCGUUAAAUUAAAUUAUGUAUUAGCGGGAUGAACUAUAUCUGUAACCACCUCGAGUAACUAGGUCCGUUCACCGAACGGACCGACCAUUCAAUUAUUCAUUAGUAAUUCUUCAUUGGUAUGUCAUAUCUCUUAAAAAUCUUCACCUUUAUGACUUUUUGAAUCUUUUGAGAAUAUUAUUUGCAUAAUUUGCUUUCUGUGAAAUACGCACUUUUAACGAUGAAAAAAAAACCCUAAAUAUAUCCAGAGAAAGAAAGAGAGAGAUUUUUCUUUCUUUUUCAAUUUUUUUGACUCGCUAAAUCAUCUUUAGAUUGGACAUGACAAUGUUAAAUUUAAUAAUUGGUCGUUCUUACGCCAACAGAAACAUAAUUUUGACGAUCAAUAAAACAUCCCAUGAAAAAGUUGUAUUCUAGAAAGGAAAUUACUACUCGAAGAAACCGAUAAAAUAUCAUCUUAAUGAAAGAGAUUCUAUCCAAGAAUUGAAUUUAUCCAUUAUCUGCAACAAUAUGGAAAUUUAAUGACGUUGCAAUGAAGCUCUGUUUCACUAGACAAUAAAGGGGUAAAUAUUGUUGUCUCCAAAGGAAGAUAUCGAGAGCGUCUCGAGAAUAUCAAAAUAUUGAAGAGUGUCUGACAAUCCCCAAGAAUAUCUGACUUUAAUAUUUAUACACUUGUAUAUCUCUCGCGCGAAGCUGGCGAAAGGCUGGCACAAACGCUUAAUCAGAUGUCUGCGUUAAUUAUCUGCUGAUUCUAAAUCGUGAAAGAUGAAUUUUGCUGUGUAAUGCAACGCGUCGUACAAAACCUACAGUAUGAAGAGAAAAGCGCCAGAAAAAAUAAUUAGUUCACGGCGAUUCGUCUUCAGAGUAUACUUUAUACAUGUGUAGAUAAAGAUUAUAUAGAUAUGUGUGUAGGCAACAAGUUCGACGAGUAUAUCAAUCAAAGAGGGAAGUAAAUCUGUAAAUACGGUAUAUAAUUAAUGACAUUAAUCUCGAGAUUUUUGCCAAAAUAUACUAAACGUGUUAUACGUGCGUACAUACGUAUACACACACAUAAGUGUUGCCUGUAAGUAUAAUGCCUGCAAGGUAUUUAGAUUGGCUGCUAGCGGAAAUAUCAUCUACCGUAGUUAUCAAAUAAUGUGUUAUUCGAAGAAAAGUGUAUAGACCGUAAAUACAUAUAAUAAAUAAGAUAUUGAUACUCUA